AUGCUGUUUGCAAAGAUCUUCACUCUUGGGCUUGUUGCUUUGGCUUCGGCAAUUCCUGUUCCCGUCAAACGAGACUUUGCCGACAUCCAGGAUGAUUUCACACAGGUCGACGCCAAGUUGACCUCGAUCAACACAAAGGUUGUCGCUUAUACUGGCACUUUGAGCGAGAGCCUUUCGCUUUACCUUGACAUUACGAACCUUCAAACCCUCCUCAAAGGUACUACUCAAGAUGUUAUCGAUAAUGGUGCCUUGACUGCUGCUCAAUCGGCCACUCUCAAUACGGCGGGCGAGAGCACUGUCUCUCUUCUUGAAACCAUUCUCGGCAAUAUUAUUCUCAAGAUUGACGUGAUUAAGAAUAGUGGUUACUUCGAUCUGGUCUUUGAUCUCCUCGCUGCCGUUAAGGAGGACGCGGAUGCGCUAUUCGCUGCUCUCGCUAACGUUGUCGACCCCUCCUACGCUGAUCAACUUGCAGCUCUGCAUGCGAGAAUCAAUGCGGCUUACCAGGCAGUUUUGGAUGCUCUUGACCCUCCGUCUAAACUGUAA